UCCGUGCCGGGAGGCGCUUGCCAUCCCCCUGGCAGUGUUGUCUCCUCAGAGACAAGCUGGGAGCUUAAAAGAAGCUUUUUAAGGCUAGAUUGUGCCUUGGCUGCAAGGAUGUGGCAUCUCGGGUUUCCAUGAUCCUGGGGUUGUGCCAGCCAGGUGGUCAACAGCCACUUCUUAGUGACUUGGCAACCUCUUCUGCACCCUACUUUCCUCCUACGCACAUGGGGAGCGAAGGUGCAAGCUGCGCCCCAACAAGUGGCUGAAGACAAAUUUGUAUUUGAUUUACCAGACUAUGAAAACAUCAACCAUGUAGUGGUCUUCAUGCUGGGAACUAUACCUUUUCCAGAUGGAAUGGGAGGAUCUGUCUAUUUUUGUUACCCAGACCAGAGUGGGAUGGCAGUGUGGCAGCUGCUGGGGUUUGUCACUAAUGAGAAGCCAAGUGCCAUCUUCAAAAUUUCUGGUCUCAAAUCCGGGAAGGGAAGUCAACACCCCUUUGGUGCCAUGAACCUCCCACAGACACCAACAGUGGCUCAGAUUGGAAUCUCAGUGGAACUGCUGGAGAACCUGGCCCAGCAGACUCCUGUUGCAAGUGCUGCUGUGUCAUCAGUAGAUUCAUUCACAGAGUUCACUCAGAAGAUGUUGGAUAACUUCUAUAAUUUUGCUUCCUCGUUUGCUGUCACUCAGGCACAGAUGACCCCGAAUCCUUCUGAAGCUUUCAUUCCUGCAAACGUAGUUCUGAAAUGGUAUGAAAACUUCCAGAGACGUCUGACACAGAACCCUCUCUUCUGGAAAACAUAAGCUUAAAUUCUGUCAUUUGGGGUUCUUUCUAAAGUGUUGCCUGAAAGAUGCAUCAAGUAACUACUGAAGAUUUUCAUGGGGAAGGAGGGCAAAAACCCAAACAACGAUUAGUCUAAAUAGACAAACUAGUAACUUUUAUAUUACUCUUGAACAGUAUUUAAAAUUAAAAUCAAUGAAAAUGA